CAAUCACACAUUCCUACCUCCUAGCUAUGCUUCCCACUAGCAUACGCUCCCCAAGCGCACCCCCUAAAACUUCACUAACUCGUCAUCUCAUCCAUGUCAACGGCUACUUUCCUCUGCUUCGCCGCCGUGCUCUGGUUCACCGCCUUAUCUUGCUCCGUCAUCGCGUUGACCGCCGAGAUCCAAGCUCUAUCGUCCUUCAAGUCUAAUCUCGACGAUCCACUUGGUGCAUUGGACGGCUGGGAUUCGUCAACUCCCUCAGCUCCCUGCGACUGGCGCGGCAUUGUCUGUUUCCAAGGCCGUGUUCGAGAACUCCGCCUCCCUCGUCUCCAUCUCUCUGGACUUCUCACUGACCGUCUCUCUAACCUACGCCAGCUGCGCAAGUUAAGCCUCCACUCCAACUCCUUCAAUGGCUCAAUCCCACCCUCCCUCUCUCAAUGCGCCCUAUUACGCGCCGUUUAUCUCCACUCCAACUCCUUCUCCGGCGGACUCUCGCCGGCGAUUUUCAACCUCACAAACCUUCAAGUCCUCAACCUCGCUCACAACUCCCUCGCUGGAAAGAUCUCCGGCGACCUUCAACCUACUCUCCGGUACAUCGAUCUGUCCUCCAACAACUUCUCCGGCAAAAUUCCGGCGAACUUCUCGGCAUCUUCUCGGCUUCAACUCAUUAACCUCUCAUUUAAUUCCUUCUCCGGCGAAAUUCCGGCGAGCAUCGGAGAGCUUCAAUUUUUGGAGUAUCUAUGGCUGGAUUCGAAUCAAUUGAAAGGUACUUUGCCUUCGGCGAUCGCGAACUGUUCUUCGCUUUUGCAUUUGAGCGCCGAAGAUAACGAGCUUGAAGGUGUAAUUCCGGCAACGAUUGGUUCGCUUCCGAGGCUUCAGGUAGUUUCGCUUUCUCACAACCAACUUUCUGGUUCGGUCCCCACAUCAAUAUUCUGUAAUGUCUCUAUCAAUACUCCUCCGACUAUAAGAAUCGUUCAACUCUCCUUUAAUUCGUUCACGGGCUUAGUCAAACCACCAAACCUCUUGUUCUUUUCUGUUUUGGAGGUUUUAGACCUUCACGAGAAUCACAUCAACGACGUGUUUCCAUAUUGGUUGACGAAUGUAUCUUCGCUCAAAGUUCUAGAUGUUUCUGGAAAUUCAUUUUCUGGAUUGUUGGGUAAUGAAAUCGGUAAUCUUGCUACGUUGGAAGAGCUUAGAGUUGCCAAUAAUUCGCUAUCCGGUGAAAUACCUGGUGGAAUUUUGAAAUGUGGGUUGCUCAAUGUGCUUGAUGUUGAAGGAAAUCGGUUUUCGGGUUCGAUUCCGCCAUUUUUGGGGGUUUUGAAGAGCUUGAAGACUCUAUCUCUCGGUGGAAAUCGGUUUUCGGGUUCGAUUCCAUCGAGUCUCGGGAGCCUUUACGAGCUUGAAUCGUUGAAUCUGAGUAAUAAUAAUCUGACUGAAACUGUGCCACAAGAGCUCAUGAAGCUGAGCAACUUGAGUAGUUUGAAUUUGAGCAAUAACAAGUUUUCUGGUGAAUUUCCAAGCAAUAUUGGGGAUUUGAAGGGAUUGGUGAUUCUGAAUAUGAGUGGAUGUGGGUUUUCUGGGAAAAUUCCUGCAAGUAUUGGAAGUUUAAUGAGGCUCACUACUCUUGAUCUGAGCAAGCAAAAUCUAUCUGGGAAGUUGCCAUUUGAGCUUUUUGGGUUGCCAAGUUUACAAGUUGUUGCUCUUGAAGAGAACAAGUUGUCUGGGGCUGUUCCUGAAGGAUUCAGUAGCUUAUCAAGCUUACAGUAUCUAAAUCUGUCAUCCAAUACUUUCUCUGGUGAGAUUCCAGCAACAUAUGGUUUUCUUCAGUCAUUGGUUGUUCUCUCCCUAUCGGAUAAUCAUGUUGAUGGUUCUAUUCCGGCACAGUUGGGCAAUUGUUCUAGCCUUGAAGUAAUAGAGCUCCGUGGUAAUCGCUUAACGGGUCAUAUUGUGGAUGAUCUCUCACACCUUGCUCAUUUGGAAAAGCUUGAUUUGGGUCAGAAUGUUUUAGCAGGCUCAAUCCCCGAAGAUAUCUCCAAAUGCUCUUCUCUGAAUUCUCUGUUACUUGAUGCAAACCAACUUUCAGGCCAAAUACCAGACUCGCUGUCAAAGUUAUCAAACCUAACAAUAUUGAAUCUUGCUUCAAACAGAUUGAGUGGGGCUAUUCCCGCGAACCUUUCACUCAUCUCUGGUUUGAAAUACUUGAAUUUGUCAAGUAACAACCUCGAGGGUGAGAUUCCAGUGGCGUUGGGCUCUCAGUUCAAUGAUCCUUUUGUGUUUGCAAUGAAUGAAAAUCUAUGUGGGAAGCCAUUGAAAAAAAAUUGCAAGGAUGUGAUAUGGCGAAAGAGGAAGAGGUUGAUCUUCUUGCUAGCUGUGGCUAUUGGAGGAAGUUUGCUUUUGAUGUUGUGUUGUUGUGGAUACAUAUUUGGCCUAUUGCGUUGGCGAAAAAAGCUUGGACAAGGAAGAAAUGGAGAGAAGAAACGAAGCCCAGCUCGAGCAAGCUCGGGAGGGGAAAGGGGUCGUGGAAGCGGAGAAAAUGGAGGGCCAAAACUUGUUAUGUUCAACAACAAGAUAACAUAUGCAGAGACAGUGGAAGCAACGAGACAAUUUGACGAAGAAAAUGUAUUGAGCAGGGGAAAAUAUGGGCUUGUGUUCAAAGCCACUUAUCAAGAUGGGAUGGUGCUUGCAAUUCGUCGCCUACCCGACACAUCAAUCGACAUAGGCACCUUUCGCAAAGAAGCUGAAUCUCUAGGCAAAGUCAAGCAUCGAAAUUUAACUGUCCUGCGCGGUUACUAUGCAGGACCACCCGACAUUCGCCUUUUGGUGUACGACUACAUGCCCAAUGGAAAUCUCGCAACAUUGCUCCAAGAGGCAUCACAUCAAGACGGGCAUGUACUAAAUUGGCCAAUGCGACACCUAAUCGCGCUUGGCAUUGCUCGCGGGCUUGCAUUCUUGCACUCAGUUUCCACAAUUCAUGGCGAUGUCAAGCCACAAAACGUGCUUUUUGAUGCAGAUUUCGAAGCCCAUCUUUCAGAUUUUGGGUUAGAUAAAUUAACCAUAGCAACCCCAGCAGAGGCUUCUUCAUCUUCAACCCCAAUUGGGACUCUCGGGUAUAUAUCACCCGAGGCUUCAUUAACGGGUCAAGCGACGAAAGAAUCAGAUGUUUACAGCUUCGGAAUUGUAUUGUUGGAGAUACUAACUGGGAAAAAACCUGUGAUGUUCACACAAGAUGAAGAUAUUGUGAAGUGGGUGAAGAGGCAAUUGCAAAGUGCUCAAAUCACAGAAUUGCUCGAGCCGGGUUUGCUUGAGCUUGACCCGGAAUCAUCGGAGUGGGAAGAGUUUUUGCUUGGAGUGAAAGUGGGUCUGCUUUGCACAAUGCCUGACCCGCUCGAGCGGCCUUCAAUGGCGGACGUAGUGUUCAUGCUUGAAGGCUGCCGGGUCGGCCCGGAAAUUCCCUCCUCAGCCGACCCGACAACCCUACCAUCCCCAAUUUGAAAUUUUUUUUUUUAAACUCAAUAAACGAUUAAUUUCUGUAUUAUUCAUUUUUUUUGGGAUGUCAAUUAUAUUUUUGAUCUCCCAUGUUUAUGUCAUUUUAAUUUCUAAUGUUUAAUUUGAUUUUGAAUUUAAUUCAGUCAUCAUACGCCAUUAA